AAUACAACAACAACAAUUAUAACUAAACAAUAAAAUUAAUAAAUAAGUGAAAAUCGCAUCCGAGCAUAUUACAACUUUAUAAUAAUUCAGAGGAUAUGCCAACUUCUACGACGGAAGGUGAUUAUGUGUUUCUCAAAAAUAUGGAGGGUGAUCAAGUACGUGUAUUAAUCUCUAAUUUGAGAAACCGUACUCCCAUAUUUAAUGGGUAUUUUUCAAUCGAUCCGUUGCUAAAACCUUUUGUUAUAUACUUACCAGUCUCAGGGCAGUUAAUAUUUGCAUUAGAAAGCUUUUUAUCUGGGGGAAACACGUCAUUUGCAUCGGUAGCAGUUGCGAUGGAAUCGUACCGGUUCAGUAUUGUCUACAAAAUGGACAAUUUUAAGGAAGUUUGUAGAAAUUACAUCAGGUCAGAGAUAAGUGUUGAAGAUGUGUGUUCGGUUCAUGAUUUUGCGUGUGAACAGAACGAAAGAGUUAUACAAUACGAAUGCUGGAGACUUUUCGAUCGCCAUUGGGAUGAAAUAUUUCGUACUCAGGACUUUUUACAAUCCAAAGAAACAACGAUUACGAGAUUUCUGUCGCGUCCCAUAUACUAUUCAUUAAACGAAGUAAGUCUGUUUGAAGCCUCUUAUAGUUGGGUGAAAGAGAGAGUUACGAGAGAAUUUCCUGACUUAGAAAACAGAGAAUUGGAAGAAGAAAUCCGUACAGAGAUACGACCGUUUCUUUCGAAAAUUAGGUUUCGUGCCAUGACAAUAGAUGAGGCAGAAAUUUAUGUUUUCACUAAACACGUCUUGACAGAAAUCGAAGUAAAUUCUAUUCGUAGUUGUCUCCAGAAUCAAACUUUCAACAACUACCCAGAGUAUUUUUGCCGGUAUGCAGACAAAAGAACUGAAACAAUGUAUGAUGCGUUGUUUACGUAUCAAAACCAGUUUAAUAUCAUCAAUGAAUUAGAAAUUACAAUUCCAAUCGAUGUAAACACCCGGUUCAAAUGCGAAAUAUUCGUAAGAGAAGAUUGCUACAUUACAAGUUUUACGCUUCCAAUAAAAUUUCAUCAUUCACAAAGGAGAAGUGUACAUCUACUUGGCCAUUCGAAUUCACCGGAAAAUAACAUUCCCUGGGAUACUUUCGACUGUAGCUAUCACGGAAACGUCAGUUUACCAGAACCAAUAUUUCUAAGAAAGAAUUCCACUACUUAUCUAGAACUUCAAAUUUUAAACCGUGAUGACGUAUAUAUUACAACUCCAUUUAAUUAUUUCUACAUUGCAAACAAUAGUGGCAUUCAACCAGAAGACAUCGAUCCCGGCAAUAAUUACUACUUUGAAGUUGUCCUCUACUUCUAAAAAUUGUAAACUGCAUUCACAAAAUUUUAACAAAAACGAAAAUUAAAAUAAAAUUUUAUCAAAUGCUUUCAUUGGAUUGGUUGUUUUUAAUAUUAUCUACUCACUAGAACAGUGGUGUUUAAUCGAAGUUUGGCCAAAAUGCACGUGUCGUAAGUGGGUGGGCAACAAAUAUUUUGUAUAUUUUAC